AUGAAUAAGGUUCGGACUGAGAACAAUAGGUGGUUUGUGAAGAAUGGUAGGGAAUGGGAAGAGAGGACUAACUUUACUCUAAAGUUUAUCUCUCAUGUGGUCAGCGAUUCCUCAACAUGUAACCAAGACUCUGGAUUUCUAGUAGAAGUUACUCGUGAGUGCGACGGUCUUAGAGGUUUGGCGUACUUCUGCUCUAAAGAUACGAUCAACGGCUAUGCAUUCCAGUGUGCACUGAACAGGUCGUUCAAGGGCGCUGGUCUGCAGUGCUACUUGAAGGGCAGAGAGCUGUUCUUCAUCACGAACCGCCUCGAACGGGAGAUGCGGGAAACGGCCAGAGUGAAUGAAUGGGCCUGCGACAGGACACUUCUGAGAACGGCGGGCCUGAAUGGUGAUGAAAUACACCUGAGUACCACCCAGGUCUUCAACCUCACCAGCGCCAAAAUGCUCGACCCUUCAACCCUCUCCACCAUGUGGCUGCCAGAGUGGCCAGGGACACAUGUACCGAGGGCAGACCUCUUCCACCACAUCAGUCUGCCAAUCUCCAUUAAACCUCUGAGGAAAUUUCUGCGCAAGGCCGUUGUGGUACUGGGCGACAACUUUGGUGCUGCCGCUAUGGCGUGGGGUUACAUGUUCAUAUUGCAUAGGUACAGGUGGAUCCUGGAGAGUCUUCGGCACUUCAAUUUACCGGUAUUGUACGGCCCACCAACCGCAGGAAAAACGCUUGUUGCCAACUGUGGAGCCUGGUUGAACGGAUGCACGGAGUUGCAGAUUGCAUCGAGAUGCACCCUCUCAUUCCUGAUGGGUUGGUUUACUUCAUCGACCAUGCCCUUCGUUUGGGACGACCCGUCCGUCCCUGAUGAGGUUGGUCAACUGAGCGUUGACCUUGGGAACGGUGCUGUGCGUGGGAAGGCCACUGAAGCACCACAGGUUCCCGCUACAGCAUGUCUUGUUACCGCUAACUUCGACAUGGCGACGGUGUCUAGAUAUUAUACACGCCUGUGUGUUAUUAAAAUGGAACCGUCGUCGGUGGAGAAGGUUCCAGGCGCAGCUAGACAGCUAGAGGCUUUGGCAAGGGACGCAUCCUCGGCCCUACCUGUUGUAUUGAAAGGGAUGUUCAAUAUUACUGCCAGUGAAGUCCACGAGACCACGGCCGGCAUUAUGCCACAUCUUCCCGGGGACAUCCGCGUGGCUGAAGGAGUUGCUGUGGCACUUACAGCGACCCAAAAGAUUCGCGAUGAGAUAGUUGUUUCAGAUGCGACUGUUAAAAUCCUGAAAUCAACAUUUGCAAGAGAGUGCCUGUUGUCGGCAGAGGCCCUUGACAAAAUAAAGACGGCGGGAGGGCGGGUUAAUGUUGCUGGACGUCUGCUUGGAAGGGUGGCCAAGGUGGCCAUGAUCCCUGCCUCCCUCUUUAGUGAGGAAACGGUUGCAGCCUUGAGAAAUGCCUUUCUCGAUAUGUCUGAUGAAGAGUUGCAUGUACCAGUAGACGAACCGGUCGAGCAGACCCAGUCACUUGAAGAGAUUGUGCCACAUGUGAAGAAGGCGACGCUUUGGAGGAGAAACGGCCGUGCGUGCCUAAAACGUCCUAAUAGUGUUCAGAGGGGGUGUAGAAAGAGGAAACAUUCUAAUUAGUUUACACACAUAUGCUAUACAUAUGCUCUGGAUGUGGCAUAUCGAUUUGGAAUGUCACAUCUUUUGGAGUCGUGAAACAUAGCGAAAUUUUCGGAGUGUUAUAGU